ACCCCCUCCUCUUCAUUUCCCCAGCCACCUCUUCACCAGUGGGACAUCCAGAGAGCUUCAGCCAUGGUCAGGGUGCUGAGGGUGCUCCUCCUCACCCAGGCACUGGCUAUGGCAGUGGCAGAGGUCGAACGGCCGCAGGAGCCGCUGUCCUCUGUGGGGUUUCAGGAUUGCAAGAAGACCUUGAAGCUCCCAAGCCUGGAAGUCCUCCCCGGAGGGGGCUGGGAUAACCUCAGAAAUUUAGAUAUGGGCAGGGUCAUAGAUCUGAGCUACUCGCUGUGCAAGACCACCGAAGAUGGGUCCUACAUAAUCCCAGAUGAAAUCUUCACCAUUCCUCGCAAGCAGAGCAACCUGGACAUCAACUCUGAGAUCAUCGAGUCCUGGAAGGAUUACCAAAGCGUCACCUCUGCCUCCAUCAACCUGGAGCUGUCCCUAUUCUCUGCCAUCAAUGGCAAGUUCUCUUACGACUUCCACCAGACCAAGACCCACCAAGUGCAGGACAAGGCAGUCACCACUCGUGUACAGGUCAGGAACCUGGUUUACACUGCCAAAAUUGACCCAGGAGCAGGCCUGGACAAGGGCUUCAAGAAGCAGCUGUUGACCAUUGCCAGCCACCUGGAGAACAACCAGACUCGGAUGGCUGAUUUUCUGUCUGAGGUGCUGGUGCUCAACUAUGGCACCCACACCAUCACCUCUGUGGAUGCUGGAGCCAGCUUGGUCCAGGAAGAUCAGAUCAAGGCCACCUUCCUGAAGGACAGCUGGGCCACGCGGAGCGCCAUCACCGCCUCAGCCGCCGUGGCCUUCCACAGCAUUGUCAAUGUGAAAACUGAGGAGUCCCAGAGCACCAGCUCUGCCUUCACCAAGCAGUACCUGGAGAACCGCACCAACUCCAGGGUGGAGAGCAUCGGCGGGACCCCCUUUUACCCAGGCAUCACCCUUAAGACCUGGCAGGAGGGAAUUAGCAACCAGCUAGUGGCCAUCGACCGCUCGGGGCUGCCUCUGUACUUCUUCAUCAGCCCCAGCACCCUGCCGGAGCUUCCCAGCCCGACGGUGAAGAAGCUGGCCAAGCGGGUGGAGAUGGCCAUCCGCCGCUACUACACCUUCAACACCUACCCUGGCUGCACCAACGCCGCCUCACCCAACUUCAACUUCCAUGCCAACGCAGACGAUGGCUCCUGCGAGGGGACCAUGACCAACUUCACCUUCGGGGGAGUCUUCCAGGAGUGCACUGGGCUGGCCGGCCCCGACACCAAUGAACUAUGCCGAGUACUGGAGCAGAAAAAUCCCCUCACUGGGGCUUUCUCCUGCCCCACCUCCUACAGCCCAGUGCUGCUGGGCAUGCAGGAGCGGGAAGAAGGCCACAGCCACCUGGAGUGCCACAACAAGUGCACCCUGGGCAUCUUCUGCCACCGCGUGUGCAAGGAUGUCUUCUGGCUCUCCCGGGUGCAAUUCAGAGCUUAUUGGUGUGUCGCAAGCCGCCCAGUGCCCCCAGACUCAGGCUACCUCUUUGGGGGGCUGUUCAGCAGCCGCAGCGUCAAUCCCCUCACCGGUGCCCAGUCCUGUCCCUCGGGGUACUUCUUGCUGAAGCUCUUUGAUGACCUCAGGUUGUGCGUGAGCCAGGAUUACGAGGGAGGCAGCCGGUACGCCGUGCCCUUUGGGGGCUUCUUCAGCUGCCAGACAGGGAACCCCUUAGGGGGUCAGCACCAGGGCACCGCCGAGGAUCCCUACGCCAAGCGCUGCCCCACAGGCUUCAGCCAGCACUUGGCACUGAUCAGCGACAGCUGCCAGGUGGAAUACUGCGUCCAGGCUGGCGUCUUCACGGCAGGCUCGCUGCCGCCUGCGCGCCUACCGCCCUUCACCCGACCCCCUGCCAACCUGCCAGCCGUCGACACCGUGCUGGUGAGCAGCGGGGACGGGGAGAGCGCCUGGGUGCGGGAUGGGACGGGCCGCGCAUGGAGGCUGGCACAGCCCAUCGAGAUCCAGCGGGCAGCGGAGAUGGUGAGGGGCCACGCGCUGACGGGGGGCGAGGUGGCUGGCGUGGCCGCGGCGGUGGUGGUAGGGCUUGUCACCGUCCUGGCAAUGGUCAGCUACGGUCGCUGGAGGUACAGGAGAAGGGGGUACCUGGCUAUGGGUGAAGGGGACAGGCUGCCUGUGGAAAGCCCAGGGGACAGCACCGCAGUGAACAUGGGUGAAGGGCACCAGCAAGAGCCAGCUGGGCUCACAGAAUGAGCAUUGCCCAGCUGCUUAUGCCCCUAACCUAGGCAAAGCCCCCUGCCCGCUCCUUUCCCUGAGGCACAGCUGUGCAGUACCACCAGCCCCUGCACCUCACCCCAUCCCCACAACAGGUUCACCUCUCCACCUCUCCAGCUACCUGCAAGGUACCUCAUUACUGGCUGUGCCCACUCUCUCCUCCUCCCCAUUCCAAAGCCAGAAAAGGAGAUCCGGUGCCCUUCAAAAAGCCGCUGAGGAUGUUGGGGUACCCAAGAGAAUCUCAAAGAGCAAGGGGAAGCCAUGCAAACCCCCCUCCCUGACUCACCGGAUAGACUCAAGUCCAUCACAGAGAUUCGCUGCCUGUAAAAGCCUUGGCUCAGGGACCAACUCCUUGGAAAGCACCCUGCUUCCCCCAUGUUCCCCAGCUAUUGCACACGCCCAGCGCAGAUUCCCACCCGCAGGAACAGGAGGGCGACCCGCGCCUCCAUGUAUAUCUAUCGUGAUAGAUAUACACACACAUGCAGAGAGGCACGGAUCACUUUUAUUUCAGCCAGCAACUAAUUGCAUAGGCAACACAGCAUUUAAAAAAAUAAUAAUAAUAAAAAAAGGAACGUUGUUAAAAA